AUGACACUUCUGCUAGUUCUUUUAUGGCGGCAACCCGGUGUUUUCUGCAGAGUCGCUGACGAGCGGAAUGUCAUCCUGGAGAAGGCGUCCGUUGCUCCGAAAACAAGGCGAGACUAUUCACCCGAUCCUAUACCGGUAGAACGCAGGAAUGCUGCACUGCAAUUAUUCGAACAGGUACAUCCUACGCUGACUAUCCACUACCACGGUUUUUCUAGAAGUGGCAGCUUGAUCUGCUACGACAUGAUGAAUGAGAUCCGGACGGUAGAAGAGGCAACGGCCCUUAUGUACGUGGAAUAUCAUUUGCUGGAUCUUAUGCUGGAGCACUACAAAGUCAGCCAGCAUAUGCGCAUUGUAGAUGCAACUUUCGUGAGGAAAAUGCUAACUGUUCAAAAUCUCAAUCCAGUGCGAUUACUGGAGGCCGUCGCCGAGGUAACCAAAUUUAUAAGCAUGUAUGAGCCCCUUUUGCGGACUUUCCUAGAUCGCUACUUAAAGCAUAUUGAGCUCUUGGUCAUUGUGAACGUCCCCUCUAUACUGGUUCCUAUUCUCCCCGCUAUCGCCUCACGCAUCAUGGGAAUACCCCCUGAAAAAAUUGCGGCACUUUCUAGCGGCAGGAGCCUUGAUAAGUUCAUGGACCGAAAAUACGUACCAAAAGAGUUCGGCAAUCCCAACGGAUUGAGCGUCAAGAGCAACAGGGAGGAAUUCACUGCAUCUUGUCUUAUGCUACAGGAAAUCAAAACGCAUUUAGGUGAAUCCGCGCUCACCCCGAAAGGCAAACGUAUGUUGGAGAAGUAUGGUCCGCGGCUGCUCACACGAGAGGCUAUGGUGGUUGCACAGGAAUCUUCGACAGCAACAGCAACAGCACGUCUAGCGCCCUGUCCGGUCAAAGUUUGCGGGGUAUCGGCCUGGACGUUGCAUGUAUCUAGUCAUUGGCCCACUGCGGGGCGUGUUGAACGUAAGGGCUUUUUUGAGGGCAGGACUCAAGCUCAUCACAAGUGGCCUGUGCAGCCGGUUGAAUUUAGAGUAGCAGCCAACGGCCUACACCGAUGGUUGGUUCCUGACGGGUGGUUCACUGCUCCGCAUUACGUGCCAGUACAAGUGUCAUCAGAACAAUGA